UCCCAAAAAAUCUCUACUGUCUGGUUUCGAAUUGUGAGCUCGCAUCAAAAUGGAUGCUUUAAACUUGGGAAUCUGCAGUCCGAGGCUUGCGCCACCGCCUAACGCUAGAAGACUCCACCGCUUCUCCGCCGUGAGCGGCGGAGCUAGCAGCGCCCCCACCACCUUCUCCGCCAGCAAAUGGGCCGAUCGCCUAUUCGCAGACUUCCAAUUCCUCCCUUCCUCUUCUACUCCCGACCCUCCAGACUACAAAAACACCACCGCUACUCUCACUCCCCCGCUUGACAUUCCGGAGCGCAAUGUCUCCUUGCCCAUAGACUUCUACAGAGUGCUCGGCGCCGAACCUCACUUCCUCGGAGACGGUAUAAGAAGAGCCUACGAGGCACGCAUUUCCAAGCCGCCGCAAUAUGGAUAUAGCCACGAAGCUCUGAUUAGCCGACGCCAGAUUCUUCAAGCUGCUUGUGAAACCCUCGCGGACCCUAGCUCACGCCGAGAUUACAACCAAGGCCUUGCAAAUCAUGAGUUCGAUACCAUUCUCACUCAAGUUCCAUGGGAUAAGGUUCCAGGAGCAUUAUGCGUGUUGCAAGAAUCAGGGGAUACUGAACUGGUUCUUCAGAUUGGAGAAAGUUUGCUGAAAGAGCGUCUUUCUAAGACAUUCAAGCAAGAUGUAGUCUUAACAAUGGCUCUUGCUUACGUUGACUUAUCUAGGGAUGUUAUGGCACUUUCUCCACCAGAUUUUGUUAAAGGAUGUAAUUUUCUCGAAAGGGCAUUGAAGUUACUACAGGAAGGUGCAAGUAGCCUUGCAUCAGAUCUACAGGCACAAAUUGAUGAGACGCUGGAAGAGAUCAAUCCACGUUGUGUCCUAGAGCUUCUUGCUUUACCACUUGGUGAUGAUUAUCAGACAAGAAGGGCAGAAGGACUUCAAGGAGUGCGUAAUAUCUUGUGGGCUGUUGGAGGAGGAGGUGCAAGUGCCAUUUCUGGGGGUUUUACACGAGAAGAUUUUAUGAAUGAAGCUUUCUAUCAUAUGACAGCUGCAGAGCAGGUUGAUCUCUUUGUUGCCACUCCAAGUAAUAUACCUGCUGAAAGUUUUGAAGUCUAUGGGGUUGCACUUGCACUUGUUGCUCAAGCUUUUGUUGGGAAAAAACCUCAUCUCAUCCGAGAUGCUGAUAACCUAUUUCAACAACUUCAGCAAACUAGAGUAACUCUUGGGAGUUCUGUAUCGGUCUAUACCGUCAGAGAAAAUCGUGAAAUUGACUUUGCAUUAGAGAGGGGCCUUUGCUCACUUCUUGUGGGAGAAGUUGAUGAAUGUCGCUCAUGGUUGGGCUUAGACAAUGAGAAUUCACCAUAUAGAGAUCCAUCCAUUGUAACCUUUGUUGUAGAACACUCCAGAGAUGACAACGAAAAUGAUCUGCUUCCUGGACUUUGCAAGUUGUUGGAGACGUGGUUGAUGGAAGUGGUAUUCCCCAGGUUUAGGGAGACACAAUCCAUAACAUUUAAGCUUGGAGACUAUUAUGAUGACCCAAUGGUCUUGAGAUAUUUAGAGAGGCUAGAGGGAGUUGGUGGUUCACCUUUGGCUGCUGCUGCAGCUAUUGCAAGAAUUGGGGCUGAAGCUACUGCAGUGCUUGAUAGUGUGAAGGCUAGUGCAAUUCAGGCAUUGCAGAAGGUUAUUCCCCUUGGUGAUGGGGAAGCUAGUGUUAGACGGCAGGGGAACAGUUUCUAUACAGCUACAGAAAGUUACGAGCUGAGUCAUGGUGACGAGACUUUUCCAGAAAACAUGGUUGGUUUUGCCGAGAGAUCACCUUCUGAUGAUCAGGAGCAAGAAAUGAUUACUGAAAAAAUAAAAGAUGCUGUUAUUAAGAUUACAACUGCAGGUGUGGCUGUUGGGUUGCUGACAUUAAUUGGGUUAAAGUUUUUACCGUAUAGAGCUAACUCUUCCACUCUACGUAAAGAUGAUGGAUUACCUGUUACUGCUGAUGCUGUCAGCAUAGGCCCCUCAAAAGUUGAAGUAUCUGAGGAAGUUCCUAGAAUGGAAGCCAGGUUUGCUGAAAGCCUCGUUCGCAAGUGGCAGAACAUUAAAUCUCAGGCUCUGGGACCUGACCAUCGUCUUGAAAAGCUGUCAGAGAUCUUGGAUGGUCAGAUGCUAAAAGUUUGGACAGACCGAGCCGCAGAAAUCGCACAGCAUGGUUGGUUUUGGGACUAUACUCUGCAGAACCUCACCAUUGACAGUGUUACUGUCUCAGUUGAUGGCCGGCGUGCCAUUGUGGAAGCAACUCUUGAAGAAUCUGCUCAGCUGACUGAUGCAGCUCAUCCUGAACACGAUGACUCAUACAGCACAACAUACACAACAAGAUAUGAGCUUUCCUGUGGAAAAUCUGGAUGGAGAAUUGUAGAAGGAGCUGUCCUCAAGUCAUAAUAUGGGUGCAUAUGUUCAUCAAUGUAUAUUCUAUCCUAUUUAUGAACUCCAUUGUGCCACAUAUAUUCCAAAGCAUGGCUUAAUAAUUUCCUUUUUGUCAAGUAGAGGUUCUUUAGGAAAAACCAUAUGAAAUCUUUUCCAUUAAUAGUGUUUUUUUGCAUAUUGAA